AGAUAAGUCAAAACUUAAACUAAAAUGUGCGUAUUAACGUAUGUGUGCGUAAUUUAAAAAACUUAAAGCAAAGUCAAAGUGUUAGUAUAUUUCAGGCUAAAGACAACAUUUUGGAACCACCUGCUAAAUCCAAAAAUCCAUCUUUGGACUUGUCCAUGAUGUUGCUAAAAUAAAGAUCAUAUUAAGAUUUUUUUUUUGCAGUUUUCCCCCCUGAAGAAGACAUGUCUGGCUCAGAAGAAUAUACUUAUCGAAAGAAGACACAUUAGAACCCUGUGUGAAGGUCCUGGAACGACGUGGAAAAAGCAAGUAAAGUCCUGAGCUACAGCAGGAACACUGUCUCACUGUCUCAGGGCAAAUGAGGACCAGGACAAAAGGAGAGUCCGCCCUGAGUCACUGUGAAACCAGGAAGUCGAGUGUGACUGUUUCACCUCUCCCGGAUUUCUUCAGCAUCGUGUUGACUCAUUACUUCAUCAAUGGAAAUGCGUCGAGCACUGAUGGUGAUUUUACAGCUGCUACUGUCGUCACAGUCGGGAUGGUUUCUGACAUGAUUCCUAAAAAUUCACCUCCCUAUUUAAAAAAAAAAAAGAGGACACAGGCAAGUUUGAGUAAAAACAUCUCAAUAUUAAUUUAUUUUUUAAUAUUUACCAUCGUUUUACAUCUUAAUAACAAGAAACUGGAAAUUUAAUUAAACAGGAUUUGUUUGGUUUAAUGUUAAAGUAACUUAUUUUCCUCUUUUUUUGCUCUUAUUGUCCUUGAACUGUUCUUUAUCUUCUAUUUUGGGAAAGUUUUUUUUUUUUUUUUAGUUAAAAAUUAGCUCUCUCACCAAAUACUGAUACUGCCCGUGACUCUGGCUAACUCCAACCUCUCUGCCUGUAACCUCAACUUUCAGCUAACGUUUUUAUAAACUUUAAAAAAAUGUUUUUGCUUUAACCUUUACAAAAAGUUUUCCCUUUUUUUUAGGUGAAGGUAAAAGUCCAAUCGCAUUUACAUUGAAUGUUUUUUCUUCUUCUUCAUUAUAGCAGUGUUUGCAGUCAUGACGAAAUGUGUGAUAUAUCUGUGUAUUUUACAUGUUUAUGUUUCUCUUCAUGAAAAAAAUCCAUUCUUUUAUUUCCAGUGAAGACUUUUGCACCGUUUAAUCUGACCAUUUUCCUAUUAUUCCCCUUUUUUUUCGUCCAGAUGAGAAACUUCCUUGUCUUUACACCAAACUGACGUCACGCGUUCGUUGCGCAACGAAGGGACUUCGUCACUUCGGGAUUUCUCGGGUGAAUCCGCAGUGACGCCACGGCAAUAACUUCUGUCGAUAAAAAGUGCGCACGGAUGGAAAGUGAAGCCAACUUUAGCGCGUUGCCCUGCAUACACGAGAGCGCGCCACACGGACACGGAGCCGUCAUGACAGCGACAGUUUUUUCAACGCUGGUCUACUUCCUUUUCCUGGUUCUGGUCCAGUCAACCCCCAUGUUCUCGGUCUCAGCCGGUUUCUGGGAGGAGGCGGAGCGCGCAAAGAUCCUGGUUGAGAAAAUCCUCAAAGAAAUUCCUGUUGUCCACGCUACUACUGUUAGUGCAGAGGGAUUGACCUUGGAGCCGUCCAAUCAAGAAACACAGCUGCAGAUGAUGAUGACAUCCCUGGGAAUUCCCGCAUCGCCCGUCCUGAAGCCCCUGUCCGAACGCUUCUCAGUGGACAUGUGUACCCAUCGUAUGUGGAUUGGUGGCCAGCUGCACCAGAGGCUUCUGGGAGUUCUGUCAGAUCGACUGAGUGGACUGAGCGAUCUGACCGUGGACCUCAGAGACCUGCUGACCCACAUCACCAAGAUGAGGGAGGGGGCCAGGCCUGGAGCUCACCUGUCGGACCAGGACCAGACCGCGGACCUGGGCCUAUCCUCUCGUCUCCACAGCAACUACGAGCUGCAGGUUGCCGUGCACAUGACCCUGACGCAGCUGCGCUCCUUCUGCUACGACAUGAUCCGCAGCCUUAGAGAAUUUGCCACCUACAGACGGAGCCUCGCCACUGCACGCUAAGUUCCAUCAACUACUGCAAGGACCACAGGCAGUGCAUUGUGGGAGUGACAGGACAGGAGUCUGAGUGGGCCUGCCCGCCUACGAGCCAAGGCAGGUAUUGUCAGGAAAGUCCAACUCCUGACGGAUUAAUCAGGGAUUUUUAAGACUUUAUUUAUUUAUUUAUGAUGUGACUGUUGUUAUUUCGGAUGUGAUGUCACACUGUGAAAAGGAUUAAGUGAAUUUAUUUAUUUGUAUUUAUUUAUUUU